AUGCGUACCACGGAACAAAAGCUAGAGGAGCGCAGCGGCUACAACGCCGAAGUCUUGAAGGACGGCGCCUGGAUCCGUCCAACUGCGCAAGGAAGCGGCGAGACGUCCAAUGGCGAGGGCUGGCAGGUAGCAGAUGAACCCAUUCAGAACCUCAUCGUCGCCACGAAAACCAUUCACACCGUUCAAGCCCUGCGACCCCUCCAGCAUCGGCUGAAUGCUAAAUCCAACAUUCUAUUUUUGCAAAAUGGCAUGGGCAUGGUCGAGGAGGUCAAUGAGAAAUUGUUCACGGACGAAAAAACGAGACCGCAGCUUCUCCUCGGCGUCAUCACCCACGGCGUCGGUAUGGAGUCGCCGUUCAACAUUGUCCACACUGGCUUUGCUGCAACGUCUGUCGGCCCGGCAUCCCCGGACAUGGAUACCUCCAAAAAUUAUCUCCUCAGCGCUCUUCCGGACAGCCGUCUCCUCAACGCCACCGCCUAUUCUUUCGAGGGCAUUCUGCAGAUGCAGCUGAUCAAACUGGCCAACAAUUCCAUCUGUAAUCCACUCUGCGCGCUCAACGAUGCGAAAAUGGGUAUUCUGCUGGAAGAACGCUGCCGGGAUCUGAUCCGAGAGCACUUUACUGAGUGUUCCAAGAUCGUCUGUGCUAUGCCCGAGGUUCAGGGCGUGGAAGGAGUCAAGGAACGAUUCUCAGCUGACAACCUCGAGGCGACCAUGAAUGGCAUUUGGUACAACAAUCGCGAGACGACCUGCUCCAUGGUAUGGGAUGUGCGUGCUGGACGGGAAACGGAGAUCAGGUUCAUCAACGGAUACUGGCUGCGUAGGGGAAGAGAGCUGGGGAUCGAGACUCCGGUCAAUUCGAUGCACUACCGGCAGAUUCUGGAGAAACAUCCAUGA